GUCCUCCCGUGCGGCAGGUGGCGCUGUGAGCCGGUCACGCCACCUAUUGUUUUGAAAAGUUUUGUUCACACGCCCGCGUUGAGACGUGCGAUCGUAAAGUGCAUUGAGAAGUAUAAUGCAUUUUAUUCACACGUUCUUCAUAAUAUUCUUGAGAGGAAAGCAAUUCGUAAAGCAGUGAGCUAUGGAUGAUCUAGAGGCUGAGCUCAAUAUCGCACAUGAUGCUCCAGAGGAUGACAGCACAAGUCAGGAACGGCUUCAAAUGCCUGUUUACAUCCAGUAUCAGACGAACGAGAAAGGUGUACCCUCAGCGACGAGCUUUCUCAAGACGAACAGAAAGUGUCUAAAGCAGAUCAGAGAUGCGAUGCUGCUUCAUAACUGGCAGGAGGCUUCGGUAUAUUACAACAAUUACAUUCAGACACUGGAGGCCAUGAGUUACACAAAAAUACAUCCAACGACUUUUGAGAUCACGUGGAGAAUAGGCACAGAAAUUCUGCGUCAUCUCCCUAACUCCAACGCUGAAGAUUUCAGCGCUGUAAAUGAACAGUUGAAAUACAAUGGAGUUACAGACUUCUCGAAGAUCUGUUUGGAGCAUAGCUUUCAUCUCCUGCUGAACGGGCAGAUGGAUGAAGCCAAGCGGCAGUUGUCCAUCAGACAGAGCUGGAGACGUGGCAAUAUCUCGAUCGCUCAGGGCGACACCAAAAAACUCAUCCAAGCCUACUGCGGUUUCCUAGAUUACUUGAUCUGGUGUAAGAAGAAGUCCUCUGUUCCUGGAACCGAUGAGGCGAGCAGUAACCAUGAGAUACACAGCUGCUUCAGACAAGCUUCUGUGACCCUGAAGGAAAUCAUCAGUCAGCCUGGAAUCUGGGACCCGUUUGUGUUGAGUUACAUUGAUAUGCUGGAGUUUUACAACGAUGAGGACGGCGCUCUGGAGAUUCUGGAGAAUUACGCUUACAACAAGGAUUUCCCAAUCAAUCCCAACGCUCAUGUGUACCUGUACCAUUUCCUCAAGAGACACAAUGCCCCAGAAGCCAAACUCAUCGGUUCAUUAAUGGUUCUGCGCACUUUAGUCCCGAGUCAUGAACUGAUGCUGGAGCUCUGCUCUCUCCUGCUGCGCACCAGUCAAAUGAGUGAUCUAGAAGAUGCUUUCUCCAUUUCAAUGGACCUUCUGGAGUUUUCCAGUUGGAAAUGUGACAUAAAGGCUUGGUCCUGUCUUCUGAAUAUCAUGAAGAUACUCAAACAGAAAAAAUGCAAGGAGACUAUAAAAAAGGAAUGGAAAUCCAGGCGACCGCUGUGGUUCCCCUUACACUUCAGAAGCUAUAUCUCCAAGAAGGACAUUGUCGAGAACAUCAGCCUUGUGAAGGUCAAGAGAGAAGUUUUGAAGAUAGUAGGCGAAUACUCUUCAGUAUACAAUAAAAUGGCUUUGGAAUUUGAGAUAAAGUUUGGAAGUGUAACAGAGGAAUACACACUCAGGAAGAACAAAAAGAUGGAGAAGGUAAAGAAGAUGAUGGAAAAGGAGAAGAAAAAGAGGGAGAAGGAAAAGAUGAAGAUGGAGAAGGAAAAGGAAAAGAUGGAGAGGGAAAAGUUGAAGAUGGAGAAGAAAAAGUUGAAGAUGGAGAAGAGAAAGUUGAAGAUGGAGAAGAAAAAGAUGGAGAAGGAAAAGAUGGAGAAGGAAAAGAUGAAGAUGGUGAAGGAAAAGUUGAAGUUGAAGAAGGUGAAGAAAAAGAUGAAGAAGACUAAGAAGUCUAAAUACAAUUUAUAAUAAAUGUGUAAAAUAGAGAUUUUUUUUAGAUUUGUUUCACUUGUCCAUGUAUGACACAAGACUCUUUGUUUACAUCAGGGGUCAGCAACCUUUUUGUCACGAAGUGCCAUUCUUUUAAGAGUUAAUCAGUGCGUCACAUGCGCGCGCCAUAGGUGCCGACCCCUGCUUGAUAUACUGAGUAUCUGCUCAUGUUGAGCUUCACUUUAAAUUAAAAUAAUGGAAAUGCAA